UUCAUAGUUGGUGAAAUGGGUGAAGAUGAGAAUAGUUCAGUGCUUAGAAGAACACUCAAGAGUCUUUGUGUUAGUAAUGGUUGGUCUUAUGGCGUUUUCUGGUGUUUCGACCAAAGAAAUCCCAUGUAAGAUUUUUCUUUUUGUUCGUUUUGUCUUUUCUUCUUUACACCACACUCCUUUUGUUCUUUUCUUAAUCAAUUCUAUAACUUUUUUUACACCACACUCCUUUUGCUUAUUUUGUGAAUUUUCUUUCACUCUACAGGAUGAUUCUGAGGUUUGCUAUCAGUUUUCCUCUGGAAUAAAGACCAUUGUGGUAGUACCGGUUGAACCACGAGGACUAGUACAGUUUGGAUCUACUGAGAAGAUAUUUGAAAGAUUGGACUUUGUGGAUCAAACAAUGAGGCUCUUUCAGGAAAAAAACUUUCAGAAAAUGCCUUAACGUACAUGGUGGGGCUGUAUCAUUGGGACACCCAUUAGGAUGCAGUGGAGCUCGUAUCUUGGUUACAUUGUUAGGGGUAAUCUAUAAGCUUCACUUCUCUUGCAAUGCAUUCCUAGUUUGACAUUCUAAUAUAAUUUAUAUAGUUCUCUGGUUUUGUUUACAUGUUUUCUUAAUGUUCUAAAGUCAUAGUUCGUGGUCAUAUCUAAGCUUAUGCUUUCUACAUAUACUCAUGUGAAGUGAUCUCGUGUUUGUCAUUUAUUCUUUUAAAUUUCUUUCAUAUGGGUUCAUCACUAUCUUUUUUUUUUCUCCCCCUAUUUUUUUUUUGGUUGUUGGGUUGGGAAAAAUAGACCAUUCUUAAAACGUUAUAAAUUAAGCUCAUUUUAACAGGUUGGUAGGCUUUGAUAAUGAUACCACUUGUAAUUUUUUCUGUUUGGAUUUUUUUAAAUGCAUGUAAUGAAAUAUGAAUAUAAUUUAGUAAUGCAUUUGAACUAUCUAACAUUUUCUUUGCUUGAAUUUUUUUAGUGUAAAAGUUUAAUUUGUCAGAUUAGUCUUAGUGUCCAGUCUUUAAAGUUUAAUUGGAGAGCUGAUUAUUGAAAUAUAAACUGAACUGCAAUUUGUUGGAUUCAAAACUUGGACAGUGUAUUAUACUAAACUAUUCGGUUCUUAUCAUUACAAAAUGAUUUGCUGUUGUCUAUCCUUGUGCAGAUCUCUACAAAUUUUUAUUCUCCAAAUAUGAAUGUUGUCAAUGAGAACUUCCUCCCUCUGCUCAAACGCCUUGAUGACUGCAUAGCGUAAGGGGAUGCUAUUUACAUCAUAUAUAUUUAUGUAUGUAGAAAACAAUCCACAGUAUGUUGAAUCCGGCGUUUACUUACUCAAAUUUUGACAACUGCAGGUAGAAACAAAUUUAUGCAGAUAGCUGAUUAGAUAACGUUACAUUUUUGCACAUUCUUCCACUAAAAUUUGUUUCCAUUUCCAAUAAUUGAGUAAUUUUUUUGUUAUGACAGUCUCGAGCAUUGGGUAUGAUUCGCUCUCAUGUACUUUCUGUACUCAAAAGUGCGUCUUCUCAGGUAAAAUAAUGUACGGGUUGAAUUAAUGCGCUCCAUUGUUUUGUGCUGUUUUGUUGGGU